CCCCUAGGGGCGGGGCCGCUCGCAGGACCUAGUAGCGGCGCGCCCGGCCGCCGUCCUUCCCGCUGCCGCCAUGGACGGAGCCCGCGCCGCCUCCCGCUUGCGCGUCGUGCUGGGCCACCUCGGCUGCCCCUCGGCCGGGGCCGUCAUAGCUCACCCCACUGCAGGGGCUAUUUCUUCUGCCAGUUUCCAUCCUCAAUUCCAGUAUACUCUGGAUAAUAAUGUUCUAAGCCUAGAACAGAGAAAAUUUUAUGAAGAAAAUGGGUUUCUUGUCAUUAAAAAUUUGGUUUCUGAUGCUGAUAUCGAACGCUUUAGGAAUGAGUUUGAAAGACUCUGCAGACAAGAGGUAAAACCAGCUGGAUUGAUGUUAAUGAAAGAUGUGACCAUUGCGAAGACAGACCUUGCUCCAAGUGAAAGAGUGAUUACCAAGGCCCAAGAUUUCCAAGAAGAUGAGGAACUCUUCAGAUACUGCACUCUCCCUGAGAUUCUGAAAUAUGUGGAGUGCUUCACUGGACCCAACAUCAUGGCCAUGCAUACCAUGCUGAUAAACAAACCUCCAGACUCUGGCAAGAAGACAUCCCGCCACCCCCUGCACCAGGACCUGCACUACUUCCCCUUCAGGCCCAGCAAUAGCAUCGUCUGUGCUUGGACGGCCAUGGAGCACAUUGACCGGAACAACGGCUGCCUGGUGGUGCUCCCCGGCACACACAAAGGCACCCUGAAGCCGCACGAUUAUCCCCAGUGGGAGGGGGGAGUUAACAUCAUGUUCCACGGGAUCCAGGACUAUGAUGAAAACAAUGCCCGGGUUCACCUUGUGAUGGAGAAGGGAGACACCGUUUUCUUCCAUCCUUUGCUCAUCCAUGGAUCUGGUCAGAACAGAACUCAAGGAUUCCGGAAGGCAAUUUCCUGCCAUUUUGCCAGUGCCAACUGCCACUACAUCGAUGUGAAGGGCACCAGUCAAGAAAACAUUGAGAACGAAAUUGUGUCGUUAGCAGAAAAGCUGUACGGAGUGAAAGAUGGUGUCUCCCUGAAGGAUGUCUGGAGAUUUCGAGGACGGCUUGUGAAAGGACAAAGAGUCAACCUUUGAAACAGCUCUUUGCUAUAACUCUUUUUAAAAAAAUCAAAAUGAAAUGAGGUUUCUAAAAAAUAUUUUCUUAAUGAGAUGACACAAUCUUUCUUUCACUUGUGAACAAAUCAGAAUGCAUAUACCAGGUACCUAAUUGCAUGUGGGCAAUUUUGCAGUGCAGUGGUGUUGCUUUUAUGAAUGUAAAAGUGAAAUAGUAUUAAUUUUAAGAAAAAUUAAGUUAGGGUUGCAACCAAAUAAAGGUAAUUCUGCAUAAUUUAA